AUGACAAAAAUUCGAGAUAAAGCUAAGCAGCUUAGAAAGGCUAAAGAGGCUAGUAAACAGCAAGGUGGGACUACUAUAGACGUUUGUACUUCGGAAGAGACAAAUAAUGUUGGUUUGGAGACAACUGAGAAUUUCCCGGGCACGCUCCCGAUUUUAAGUCACAAGUUCGCAGAUUUGCCUGUUGCCGAGCCUAUAAAAAAGGCAUUGAAUGACAUGGGUCUCAUCGAAAUGACAGAGAUCCAGUGGAAAUGUAUACCACAUCUACUUGAGUGCCGCGAUGUCAUGGCUUCUGCUAAGACCGGCAGUGGAAAAACUCUCGCCUUCCUUGUUCCAGUUGUUGAUCUUAUUCUCAAACUUGGUCUACAAAGCCGUAACGGUACCGGAGCUAUUAUUAUUUCUCCCACGCGUGAGCUAAGUCUUCAAACUUACAGCGUUCUUAAGGAAUUGACUGCAAACACCCAGAUUAGAAUUGGCUUAAUUAUGGGUGGUAGCAACCGACAAGCCGAAGCUCAAAAUUUGCAGAAAGGUGUGACUAUACUUGUGGCGACACCUGGAAGACUCCUUGAUCAUCUGGUUAACACAGAAAACUUCCUUCGCCACAACUUAAAAGUUUUGGUAAUCGACGAAGCCGAUCGUCUUCUUGAUAUUGGUUUCGAACUGGAAAUGGAGCAGAUUAUACGGUUGCUGCCAAAAGAUCGACAGUCUGUCUUUUUAUCGGCUACCCUGAAUAAAAAAACCCAUAACCUGGCCAAGUCAGCAUUGAAGGCUAAUUGUGUCAUGGUUGGGGUGGAAGACCAAACUGAAGCAACCGUUGAUACGCUUGAGCAAGGUUACAUUGUCUGCAAUCCGGCUACUAAAUUUUCAUUGUUGUACACCUUUCUUAAACGGAACAAGACUAAAAAGGUUAUGGUCUUCAUGUCAGCUUGUAUGGAAGUAAAAUUCUACUACGAGCUGCUCAAUUUCAUAGAUAUGCCCGUUCAAGCAAUACACGGUCGACAAAAACAGGCGAAACGAACUAGCACGUUUCUCAAUUUCGUCAAGGCUCAAAGCGCAGUACUUCUUUGCACUGAUGUCGGUGCUCGUGGUCUAGAUAUACCUGAGGUGGACUGGAUAGUGCAAUACGACCCCCCAGAUGAUCCAAAGGACUAUAUCCAUCGAGUUGGUCGGACAGCUCGAGCAGGGAAAUCCGGCAAUGCCCUUCUCAUACUCCGGCCUCACGAACUCGGCUUUCUAGACGUUCUCCGUGAGUCCAAGGUCAGACUUGUCGAGUACGAAGUUGCGGCUAGCAAAGUUGCCGAUGUGCAGUCGGCGCUGGAGAAGCUCAUCGCGUCGAAUUACUUCCUUGCCAGUUCGGCUCAGGAGGCUUUCAAGGGCAUUGUACGUGCCUACAACUCCUCCAAGCUCCGUUGCUUCAAUGUCAACGAGUUGGAUUUGGCCGCCUUAGCCAAAACCUGUGGCUUAGAGAUAAUUCCCAAAGUUGAGUUGGGCGUGGAGCCUUCGAAAAGGCUUGACGUCAGACGGAUGAAAAGAAAGGCGUUUGGUGCGGUAGCAGCUGGUACAAAGAAGAAAAUCAAAUACUACAAAAAGGUGGAUUAG